GCCGGAAGUCGGGCGGAGACGCCGGAAAGUCGGGCCGCGGCCUCCGGGCUCCUGUGGGAAGCUGGUCGCCAGUGCCGCGGUUCUUCGCAGACGUAGCCGGUUUUGGGGUUCGGGCUGCGCGGCGGACACGGGGUGUUCCGAGGAGCUCGCGAACACGUCUGCGGGCCACAAUGUCGCACCCGUCCCCCCAGGCUAAGCCGUCCAACCCCAGUAACCCCCGAGUCUUCUUGGACGUGGACGUCGGAGGGGAGCGAGUUGGUCGAAUUGUCUUGGAAUUGUUUGCAGAUAUUGUACCCAAAACUGCAGAAAAUUUUCGUGCAUUGUGUACAGGAGAAAAAGGCAUUGGACCCACCACUGGGAAACCUCUACAUUUCAAAGGAUGUCCUUUCCAUAGAAUUAUUAAGAAAUUUAUGAUUCAGGGUGGAGACUUCUCAAAUCAGAAUGGGACAGGUGGAGAAAGUAUUUAUGGUGAAAAAUUUGAAGAUGAAAAUUUCCAUUAUAAGCAUGAUAAGGAGGGAUUACUGAGCAUGGCAAAUGCAGGCCGCAACACAAACGGCUCUCAGUUCUUCAUCACGAUGGUUCCGACUCCUCACUUGGAUGGCAAACACGUGGUGUUUGGCCAAGUGAUUAAAGGAAUGGGUGUGGCAAGGAUUCUGGAGAAUGUGGAGGUGAAAGGUGAAAAACCUGCCAAAUUGUGCGUUACUGCAGACUGCGGAGAACUGAAGGGAGGGGAUGAUUGGGGAAUAUUCCCCAAGGAUGGAUCUGGUGACAGUCAUCCAGACUUCCCCGAGGAUGCAGACAUAGAUGUAAAAGAUGUAGAUAAAAUUUUAUUAAUAACGGAAGACUUAAAAAACAUUGGAAAUACUUUUUUCAAAUCCCAGAACUGGGAGAUGGCCAUUAAAAAAUACACAAAAGUUUUAAGGUAUGUGGAAGGCUCGAAGGCUGCUACUGAGAACGCAGGCAGAGCAAAGCUGCAGCCUGUCACUUUGAGCUGCCUGCUGAAUAUUGGAGCCUGCAAACUGAAGCUGUCCGAUUGGCAGGGAGCAGUCGACAGCUGUUUGGAGGCCCUUGAAAUAGAUCCGGCAAAUACCAAAGCACUGUACCGUAGAGCCCAAGGAUGGCAAGGACUAAAAGAAUACGACCAAGCAUUGGCUGAUCUUAAGAAAGCUCAGGAGAUAGCACCAGAGGAUAAAGAUACUGCAGAGCGCCUGUUCCAGGCCAGACUCCAGGCGUGCUGGAGAAAGCACAAGUCAGGGUCCUGCCUUCAGCUUACACUGCAGCCACUGUCCACGUGUCUGAAGACUGUCUGCUCUGCUGUCCUGUAAUUCUAGAUGGAAGAGCAGCGUUAGAAGACACAGUAUUUAGGGCGAAUUUAGUGUUUGGGACCAUUUCUUAAGCUGAACGUGGCCCUUACCUAAGUAUUCUAGCUACUGAAUAUGUUUUAGGAAAGUUUUGGAAAGCUGUGACAAAAAUAAGCCUGUUUUUCAAAUAAACCAAGUACACAUGGUGAUUCUAGGUCUAGAUGUGGACAUAGGUCUUUGGGGAGGCACUUCAGUGGGGUCCCCCCUCUGAUGGAAGGGAGAAGGCGUAUCUGUGUGUAAUUCAGUUAGUUCUCUCGGUGGACAGUCUCCUAAAAUUGUGCUCUGUGGUUUUUAUGUUUGUGUGGUUGCUUUCUCCAAGUAAAAUACACUGUUAAUACGGCUCAGUUACCCUUCGAACAGUUAUAUCAUUUUUUAUCACACUAAAGCAUGAGUUUGCUGGCCAGCCUAAUUUUUUGGAUGUUUUGAGAAAUAACUCAUAUUACAUAUUUAUUUUGCAGCUAUCCAGGCAGAAUUGCUGAAAGUCAAGCAAAAGAUAAAGGCACAGAAAGAUAAAGAGAAGGCAGCUUACGCAAAAAUGUUUGCUUAAUAAGGAAUUCAGUUUUGCUUAAGUAUGCAUUGAAGUGAGACAAUUAAAGGAUCUUGUCUAUUAUGUAUGAUCCCUAAUGUGUUCCCUCUGAGAAUUCAGUUCCCAUUGUUUGCAGUCUAGGAAUACAGGUAGGGAUUCACUCUUAAUAGACCAGUGUUACAAAAUAUGCUGAAGUUGAACUUACUUUAAAUGGUUCUCUGCAUUACAAAGGAUAAUGGUGUCCAGUGUAUUUUAAACUUCUAGACACAUCUUGUUUGAAUAAACAGAUGAAAAGUUAAGUA